AUGUAUCCCGGAUGGGACUGGGAAAGAUCACAAAUGGGUACUAGGGAUAGCCCAAAUACUGCAUUCAGAGUGGGCCAGGACAUCCCAGAACAUAGGAAGACCAAGUUGCGAGUCUCCCUGCCAGAGGAACAUCGACUAAUUGCCUUGCCGGAUUUGAGAGAGGGUACUUUCUAUCGAGUCAGUAGCAGCGGAGAUAGGACCGUGAUCUCUAGGAGAGAGUUCAAACGUUGGGCACACUGGUGCAAGACGAAGCGUGAGCAAUUGCCCUCAGCACAUCAUACUGAGUUCUCCCAAAACGAAGGAGAAUUGUCCCCUGCUCACGCUGUGGAGGAGAUUGUACCAGACCACAGCACACAUGAGACCUUGCCAACCGCCCUCUCCCAGAAGGCAUUAGACCUUGCGAAUAGUUUUCUGUCCUCUAUCAUAGCUGAACCGACAGCACGGACUAAAGCGGACCCUCCAGGAAGUGCACUCUCUCUACUAGCGCUUCUUCAACUCCUGAGGCCAAGAGGUAUUGUGGAGUCUUGGGCAAUCAAUGACCCACCCAACACGAACAACUCACCAUUUCAUCCGCACCCAUACCCCAACCACUUUCUCAGUUGCUUCAAUCUUCAGAACCCCUGGUACUGGGACGCUUACACGCUUAGAGUCACACAAUUGCUCAAGAAACUGUUCGCUUAUCACUUUUUGUCGCUCGGAGGAAUAUUGUGGCGGUUAGCUCUUCAGUUCGGUCCAGCUGACCUCAUUGCACAGGCAUUAGCAGGCUGUUCUUCAUAUGCUACUGCCUGGCAAAGUGGGGACAUGUCUGACAGGCUUUGUAAUGACAUUGUGUCCUUCUCAGUUGCAAUCACACAGGAACGGUCUCUUGUUGGCCCCCUUAUGAUCUCUGGGAUGCAUCCAUUCAGUGGAAAGGGUCCUGGUCAGACAAUAAUGAGUCGUGGUUCCAAUCACACCUCUCCAGUCUCUCAGCUUCUCACCAUGACGCCCCCAAAAACCACAAAGAAUGGAGAAAGCACUUCAAGCUGGCUCCAGCAACCAUAUCAGAUAAUCCAGCCUAUCGCAGGUCUAACACUGUCACUCGUCACGUGUUCAGCCAACUGGGGUACUCUAGAGAUUGCAACCCCUGCUGGGACCUGGCACAAUACAAUGCUUAGCACCGUCCAAAUAGCCGCGCUGGAUUUGGAAGGUAGCUGUCAACCCAUUGCUCUCACACCUGUCUGUAAAUUUGCCAAUCUGUGGAGGGAUGGUUUGCUCACGGAAUUGUCGUCCGGAUCAUUGGUAUUGUUCCCAGUCCAUCGUCUUGCAGAGUUCUUACGGUUUACAGAUUCUGUCCGUAAAUUAGCCAAUAUUGAGCAGUCAAACUUUUACAGACAAGCUUGUUUCUGUAAAUUCUUACGGGAAGUCACCCAAAUGAUCCCCAACACCCACUUUAGUGGGAGAAAGUUUGUCCAGGUACUGGAGAUAGGCCGUUUGAAUCGUCAGAACAACACAAAGCGGGAGGGUGGGUUCAAUAUUGCACAUAAAUUCUCCAUCCGAGAUCAUAUCAGACAAACCACGAAUCUCAUGUACAUUUCGUGCGCGACGAUUUACAGAGGGGUACUUACCUACCCCUCCACUGAUUGGCAAAUUUACAGACAGCUUCGCAACCAGCUUUACAGCACACGAGAUGCUGCCGGUGACACGCCACCAGAGUCUCCUCCAUCCUCCAGCGAAUCUCAGACUGCCUCACCAUCCUCUGAUUCUGUCCCACUACCAGGCACCUUGACACUCACAUUUCUUGCGGCAGCACUGAGCAAUGCAUCGCUUGAAGGUGCGCCUCCAGGCAUUUCACCAUCCACUCAGGCUGCUACGUCUACAGGAGAAGUUCCUGUCCAGUCUGGCAAGAAAAAGAGAGGUCUGACAAACCCAAACAACCUUUUCAAGCCGAGUUCGGGAUCAACAACAGCACGCAACCUCUGUGGUAUCGAAUGGCAAGCCCAACGCAAGAUGGGCACUGUCACAGAGUUCACAACACACUGGAAUAGCCUCACUCCCCAACAGAGAGAGCCCUACGUCACUCGCUUGAAGCUUGCCGACACUGCCAAUCUACUAGCGUCAAGCAUAAGCCUUGCCUCCGAUGACUCUGCCCUCAAUGCAGGCAACAGCAUAAGUCAUGUGAGGCAGGUGGAUCAUUGA